CCUCAAAUGCUGGAUUUGAAAGUUCCAAAGUCCGAAAAGCAAAAAACAGACUUUUUUCCUUGAAAGUAAAAGUUGAACUUUCUAAAAACUACACCGUGAUACUGAUGGCUGUUGACUAAGCCUUUGAUGCGGCUGUUUGGUACAGCCUGCGUGUAAAUUGCGUUCUUCCGGAGUUCUUUGUUUACGGAUUUGUGACAACCCUGAUCGUGAUCGUGUUUGAACUUCUUCCAACUGGCUAGCUGACUGAUUAGAAUUCUCAAUGCCAUUGAUGACCAGUCGGACAGCACCUUUCUUUCCCUUGAGUCUCCUAAUUCAAAUCGUGAGAAUAUCCUCCAAACCUCCAUAUGAAUGAAACCGUCAUCAGUUCUUGUUUCCAUCACUUUACUUUGCUUCCUGGAUUCCUUCUCUGCGAUCGAAAUGGAUAAUCUGAGUUUGUACUUCUUAACAUGGAAUGUUGCCACAAAAUCUCCUGUUGGUAGUGUGAGAAAUGCUUUAGAUCUGCCAAAGAAUAAAGAUCUCUUACCAGAUUUUUAUGUAAUCGGAUUGCAAGAAGUGAAAGCUCAGCCUCAAAGCCUUGUCUCAGACUCGCUUUUUGAUAAUCCUUGGACUAAUGCUUUUCGGUAUGCUUUGGCAUCUCAUGAUUAUGUGAAAGUCAAAUCUGUUCGUAUGGUUGGAUUGGUGCUUACAGUAUUCUCUUUACGCCAACAUCUUGAACACCUCCGAGAAGUUCAGGUAGAAACAACUCGAACAGGAAUCUACGGUUUGUGGGGUAACAAAGGUGCAGUGACAAUUCGUCUGAAGGUAUAUGGCUGCUCCUUGUGCUUCGUCAACUCGCAUCUGGCACCGCAUGACAACAACCUCAAAGAUCGGAUCGAAGAUUAUGAAACAAUUUUAACAGAUCAAAAAUUUGCUAGUAAUGAUGCCACUCAAAUUAUGUAUCAUGACUAUAUUUUCUGGUUUGGUGAUCUGAACUUCCGAAUCAAUGAUCCUGUUCGUUACAGCAGCUUAGAAAUCGAUAGACAAGUAAAUUUGGCAAGGAAAAAGGAAGGUGAUUUUAAGGAGUUACUCAAAAAUGACCAGUUACGGCAGGUCAUGGGAGAAGGACUUGCAUUCAAUGGGCUUUCAGAGGGGGAUAUUGAAUUCCCUCCAACUUAUAAAUUCUCUCUGAACUCUAUGGAAUAUGAUCUGAAGAGACGACCAGCCUGGACGGAUCGGAUUUUAUACAAAGUAAAUGAAAAUGCAUACGAAAACAUAAAACUAAAACUUACGCAGGACUCCUAUCACAGUAUAGAAAGUUAUGGGAUCAGUGAUCACAAACCUGUGGCAUCCCGUUUUACUAUUAAGGUUUUCAGCAAUCAUGUCGAGCAGCAUGUAGAGUUUGUCGUCAACUCUCAGUGGUAUAUCGAUUCAGAAAAUUGUGUUCAAAUAAUCUUUGAUGCAGACGUCAAGCCCUCAAAGGCUGAUUGGAUUGGUGUGUUCCAUGACAACUUCACAAGCCUAGAUGACUACGUAAGCUACUCUUACCUACCUGACGAACAGGAUAGUGAUCAGCAGUGCUCUGCCUCAUCAACGCCAAGUGAAACGGCUCCCUCAAUCUUCACCCUAAGUCGUAAAAUGUCUGAUGGUCAGCUAGAACUCAGGGUAACACUCACAGACCAACUAAUUUCUGAGCCUGGCCUCUACCGCUUGGUGUACUUUACCAAGGACUCCCACGAUGUUCUUGGAGUCUCCGGUCCAAUCUCCAUUGUAAGUCGAGAUUCUGCUUCACAGAAACGAAGUUUAGACUGGUGACAAUCAACUGUCACUGGGACACAGUCCAGUGGAUAUAAAGUCAUUUAAGACUUCUGUCAACCUGUUCGUCUUACAGCAGUCCAGGCCAUCGUUGUUGCUGCUCAAAAAAGAUGAAGCAUUUCAAGCUGAUCUUUAACCGUUGAAUUUAAAUCUGGUCUUAGAUAAUAUAAACUAGAGAAAAAUGUAGUCAAAAGAAGAUAAUCAAUGUCUUUGAAAGAGACGGACUUCUCAUCCAUCUCAUACUUUCUUGUUUGUUAGCGAUCUACUUUGUAUUUAUUACUUUAAAGAAAUGCCGACUCAGAUAUAAAACUAGGUUCAGAAUGGCCAGGAAGUGCUGUUAGUUUCUGAUCAUAACAGCUGCAAUCAUGUUCUUUUUUUCGUUACAACAACUAGGCGUCAAAUAGCCAAGUCUGUUAAAUUCUUUUUUCACAACAUACACGACAUACGAUUUUCUUGCAGCUAUUUGUGGUACUUCAUACUUGCUAUGAUGCAUCAAAUUUUAUACCUUUACGCUUCGGGUUAUAUUUAAUUGGUGUGGGAUUUGUUCGGGUGAUGUAUUCUCUAGGAUGGAACAUCUUUCAUUGAAUUUUUGUUGUAAAUUUUUGUGCGACCUCAGUUCUGUAAUAGUCAUGCUUUGCAUAAGCUGCAACUGCAUGUACAAUCCACACAAUGUAAUUAGUCCGUUAUAUUUUGAAAGAACGUUUUUUAAAUGAAGUUCACACUCUAGGGUAGAAAAAGUGUACGUAAUCGAAUUUUUAGAAAAAGACCUCAUUUUUCCUCAGGAAAAAUUCAAUACUUUUUACUCUAUAUAUUGGUGGAAAGUCUGCUUGAUUAAAUGUACAUUCCAGAACUUUUCAGUGCAAGCUUUCAAAUGUGCAUAAUAUUUUUAUCAUUAUCAUGACAAUUUCUUUCAUUUGAUGCAAAAAUGCGAAAUACCGUAGACUCUCUUGCUCUUAAUGAUAUAAACUAUUGUUAUCAAUUAAAUUCAAGAGAGGGCUUUACAUAUUUUACUCAUGAUGUCAAGUGAAUUUCCUUUGCCAGAAACGUCUUUUUGAGAUCUCAGACUCCUAUUACGUCCUUUUACUUGAGGCUUCACAUAAAAGUCCUUCUUUUUCAGGCACUGUCAGUAUGUGGUGCAAGUACAGAAGAGAGUUGUAAUUAUGGUAACGCAUUUUGCGUAUUAAUAUUAAAUGAAAUUAAUAAAGGAAAAAAGUCUUGCCUUCUUGCGUUUUGUAGUACGCAAAAAAUGCAGCUAUACCAGUGUGUAAGACGAAUCUCAUCUCUUUUACUUAGUUGUUAUCUCAGUAAAUGCUAUGUGUACAUGGCAUAGAUAUUCUCAAUCCAACAUCAGUAGAAGUAGCCAACCCUUUUAUUUUCAAAUUGUUCAAUGCCAUUGGUUUGUUUUGUCACAAAAAGACUUCAGUAGUUACCAUGGUAACCUUUUAUUUUAUGUAUUUUCAUAAAUUAAUUAGAAAAAUAGCAUUAAAAAAAGGUUAAAUUUUGAUUAAUUAUUACCUGUAUUAUUGUUACCUCUCUUAGUUUAGUUACUUGGUAUUAUCAUCAUAUAUGGCCAUUUUCCACAAGUAGUUUAACCGAGCACUAACAGAGAGUGCAUUAAUAUCGAUAAACAGUUCAUGAUUUUGCGUGACUGAGUGGUAGUUUGCCUUCUUGAUUGAUAUAUUUUGGCAAGAGGCUAAGAAGUAGCGUUAUCAUGUUUUGCCCUCUUUUUAGCUGCUCUUCAAAUCUCAAUUCCAGCUACUGUUACUGAGGCUGAAGACAAGCCUCUGUUGAUUUAUAAUUUUGCUUUCAAAUAGGAUUCAUGGCCUAUUUUUCAUUUUUCAAAUUAUUUUAAAUUAUUAUGUGCUCAUUUUGACUGUAUUUUCUUCAAGCCGUAGGUAGUAGUCGAAUACUUCUUUUUAGUUUUAUUAGUUUUUUAUUUAAAAUACUUGUUUCUGUAAUGUUAAGAAAGGGAAAUUCUAAUGGGUAAGUUGUUAAUUCUGUUGUUCCAAAGUUUUAUGUCGUUAUAUUUUUGAUACCUAUUGACUUUUGUACUUAAUACUCACAAUUUGAGAAGAAUGAUUUAUUUUUCAAAUGUGCGAUCCUAAUUUAAAUUUUCAUUACGUAUAGUUGUCCUUUUGGACUUUUUCCUCUUGUUUCAAUGGUCUCAAAUCCAUUAUCUGCAAAGGCUUCGCUAUCUCUGCCAGACUCACCACUCAAUGUAAAAUUAAAACGCGAUGUGAAGUAUGUCUCCUAAAUAUUUUAUUUUAGAUCUAUUCUUUUCUUCUUGAAUUUUUCGCCAUAACUUCAGUAGGGGUUGAUGAUAAAUUCGGUAACUUUCUCUUUGAAAAAUUUAAAGUACAAAAUAUGUUCGUAUUUUGGCCAGCCUCAAAAGAGGUCGAUGAUUAAAUGGACACAAACGUUUUUGUCAUUGGUUUUUUAAAAGGAUGGUGUGAUUUGUGGAAAAAAAUUCUUACUCCAUUUUGUGUCGAAAUAUGCCGUAACAAUGAAUGUUAUGAUCUGUUUUACAUAUUUUGUAUCAUUGAUUUUGCAGAAACAUUGCCAUACCGUAUCCACCUACAUUAUGGAGUAGAUAAAUCAGGAAUUGACAAAAAUCAGACUGUCUUCUUUUUUUUUCUCCAUGAAGUUUAGCGGCUAAUGGAUUUGAGAACCAAACGAGAGUUCUUUGAUUGUGCAAUAACUAAUUAUCCUCUUGCGCUUCACAGACAAAGCUUCUAUCUUCUUCAAUUUGUUAAUUCUCUGCUACUAGGUGUAUCCAGAAUAAAUUAGUUCUGUUUCCUAGUA